AUGAGUAGUAACAUUAACAAAAGUAUUCUUUCUAUCACACAAGUACGCCCACAUUUAUUCUUAGCUGGUUACGGAUGUAUCACUCCUUCUCUGGUAUGACUUACUCUUCAGAAGACUUGUUGAAAAUUGACCGGGCUCGGAUUAGAAUAUUUUCGAAAUUUGUUUGGAAAAUUGCUUUUUUCCAUUGAAAUUAAGUAGUUCAAACCAGAACACGUGUUUUGCGAUCUUAUUAUUACAAGAAAGCACAAUUUUGGAAAAACAUUUGGCUCAUAAAUCGUAUGUUGAAAAUUCAGUACUAAAAUCGGGCCCGGCCUGAGACAAGUCUGCUUUUUAGACCUUACCCCUGAUUGAAAAAUAUUUUCAGUUGAAACAAUACCAGAUAACGCAUGCUGUCGACUGUACAAAUCUCAAGACCAAACCUAUUCCAGGACUGGAAAAGAUUGAGGUGAGAUUCAAUAAAUAUGUUCUGAUCUGAAUACGUAUGCCUUUCCAGGUUCCAGUGGACGACAAUACGCUUUCGAAAAUUUCCCAGUAUUUUGAAACGGCAAUCAAGUUCAUUGAGGAUGCGAAGCAACAAGUGAGUCGUCCGAUCUUUGUCCACUACCAUUUCGAUUCUUUCAGGGUCACAACACGGUCAUUUACUGCGCUGCAGGCGUCAGCAGAAGUGCGACAAUUACCAUUGUCUACUUGAUGGCUUCUGAAAAUCUAACCUUGGAAGAGGCUUACCAUCAAGUGAACAGAGUUAGUUCAUUAAACCUUGUUGGUUUAGAAAUUGUGAAACAUUUAGGUGCGCCCAAUCAUUUCUCCGAAUAUCGGUUUCUGGAGGCAAAUGAUCGAUUAUGAGAAACAGAAUCAAGGAAAGACGAGCGUGGAGUUGAUCAGCGGACGCAUGGCUCGACCGGUCCCCAGUGUUUAUUUGAAGAGAGAAUUGGCAUGA